CCAGACAGAUUCGCCUUCUCCGCAAGGCAUGCUGUUGUUAUGUGACAAAACAACACCGCUAUAAGGCGUUGGAAUAGUUUGGUGAGCAUUACUGCAGCUUCCCUGUUUCUGCGUCUCGAAGGAGUUAGGGGUAAAACAACAAAACAGAUCACUCAUCAAAUAUCCUCCACCCAGUCCCACCAUGAAUAUCCAGUCAGCUAUCAACAGGGCGGUGUUUGCUCCCCGGGAUGAGAGGAUGCUAGUGGCUGUGGAGGUGAAGAGGAGAAGAAGGAAAAGGGUCCCCUUUCUGCCCACUGGAGGCAAGGGAGAAUACAUUACAUACAUCUGUUUGUCAGUGACCAAUAAGAGGCCAGCUCAGCUCCUCAUCACCAAAGUCAAGCAGUUUGGAGGCUCCGCCCCCUUCACCAGAAGGUCACAGUGGGCCGUGGAGCAGCUUCGCCAGGUCAACGGCAUCAACCCCAACAAGGACUGCCCAGAGUUUGACCUGGUGUUCGACAACGCCUUUGACCAAUGGGUGGCCAGCUCAGCGCCAGAGAAGUGCAUCUUCAUCCAGAUCAUGUACCAUGCCUGUCAGACCUAUUGGGAAGGCAAGGAGGGGGUCCCUGGUAGCCCAGCCGGGGACCAGCAGAAGGGGCAAAGAGGUCAAGGGGGCCAGGGUAGCCCAGGGGCCCAAGGGGGCCAUGGUAGCCCAGGGGCCCAAGGGGGCCAUGGUAGCCCAGGGGCCCAAGUGGGCCAGAUAGGAGGACCAGUGGCCCAGGCUAGACGGAAGAGCACCGUGGGUCCCAGGCCCCAUCAUACUGAGUUUGUCAACUGUCAGUCCAAACUCACAGGAGAUGCCUGCAAAAUGAAUCUGGUCCUGUACCGUUGCAAGGUCUUUUUCAAUCGCAUGAAGAAGGUGAUGGUUUCAAACCAAAGCCGUUCUCAGGCUGGAGCAGGUCCUAGAGCAGGACCCAGUGGGCAGCGCCCUCCAGGGGGCAGUAUGGGUAGUGUAGUCCAGAGGGCCAACCAGGCCCUGCAGGAGCGUGGGGAGAGACUGGGCCGGGCCGAGGACAAGACGGUAGACCUAAUGCACAAAGCCCAGCAGUUUGCAGACACUGCUCACAAGCUGGCUCUGAAGUAUUCAAACUAGAGGCAUAUCUUCCUGUGGAACCGCUCCUGGAGUCUUUGGCCCUAAUUUACUUGUUAGUUCUAUGUAAUAACAUUUUUACUAAUCUUUGACUGAAUUGAAACUAAUGGACUAAUGUUGGACUGAGUUGAAACCAAGUGGUCACACUGCAAUUCCUCUGUGAAGAGUCCUGUGUAGUACUGGGUUAUUGCGCUUGCUAUUAGGACUUAGACUGUGGACAAGCAACUGUCACUUGUGUCAGAAGGACUUUAAAAUGUUUACAGGUGGGGAGGACGGCCCAGUUAUGGACCCCCCCAGGAUUAAAGAAUAACCUUUCACCUCUGUGGAUUACAUGAUGGUGUCCUUUCAUGGGAUAGAUAGUUUGUAUACUGGAUGGCAAUGUAGUGUCACAAUGCUCCCACUGUUUGAGUGUACAUGUCUUCCCUGCUUCGGUAGCGUCUUCUCUGAUAACAAGGAUUUUUAGAUUGUAUUGAUGAACUUUUGUGUUUUGCGGUUUUAGAUAUCUUAAUAUAGAUUCACGAAUUCACACAGUGAACAGCUGACAAGUGAAGUUGAGGACCUACGUGUCUCCACAAUGAAUGUAUUUCCUUUUUUUUUUUUUUUUGCUCAUUGCAUAAAUUAUUGAUCGUUUUAUGACUGAAUAGGCACACAAAGAGCAGCCUGUGAAUAUUGGCAUGAACCGAUGCAACUCGGAUUGCAAAUGAAUUCCUGGUGUUAUUAUUUUCCUUUUUUUUAUCUCUGCGUUGUUGGGAAGGGCCCGUAAGGAAGCAUUUCACUGUUAGUCUACACCUGUUUACGAAGUAUGUGACACAACCAUUUUUUUUUUAUUAUUUUUUUUUUUUUUACAAAUGGCAUUUUCAUUGAAUGUUUGACUGGCAUUGUAUGCAUAAGUGUAGCUUUUAAGGUUAUUGCCUUCAUGGUUGUCAGAGCAGGGGAACAAGGAACACCUGGUGAAAUCUUUUUUUUUUUUUUUUUUUCUUUGCAUGAUUUUGUAAUGGUCUUGAUUUCUUUGCUCUUUCUAAAGUGGAAUAUGCACUCAUUUGCUUUCAUUUUUUUUCAUGCUCAAUUCCUCCAGUGCCCUUUUCCUGCUUGUAAUCAAAACCAUUGAAUAGUCACCAAUCACUGUUCCAAAUUCUAGUUAAUAUGUUCCUAUUUGAUCCUUGCUCUUGUCUUUGUCUAAUCGUGUUUGAUUAAUUGAUCCCCUGAAUUGUCACUGUCUUGUCACGUAUGUCAUCUGUUUUUGUCUCUUGUGCCAUAUCAUAUUAAAUAUCUACAUGUAUGCUGGUUCCAUGUGAAAAGAUUUGAGUGUAGCAGUUGGAAUGGUGGGUUCAUGUAUGUAGACCAGGUCUCUUCUAGGUGAGGUCAUAGGGAAGGUAUUUAGUGUGAUGGUAAUCACGUCCACCCAGCCGGCUCAAUGCGGUAGCAAAUUGAUCCCGGGGACGACGUUGGUGUGAUAAAGUUUCUGAUUAACACUAUAGAUACCGUGGAGUUGGCUAGUGAUGAGGAGACUGGUAGAGAUGGGAUGGUUCAGUUGGUUAGUGAUGAGGGUUCGUUAGGAUGAAGGUGUAGUUGUUGAAGGUCUAGCUAAAUGCUGUUUUGAUGCCCAGUGAUAAUAUUUUUAUUCUGCACACUACAGACAGUUUUGGGAUGGAGUUUUCCUUUAAACUCUUAUCUUUUGGUAUUUUUUUCAUUAGUCCAUUGACAUGGUUUCAAUGUUUUUGCUUGUCAGCAAUCAAGUUUUCUAGAUAUCGAACUUUCAAAACACAGAAAUCAUCCCUGAAUGAGGCUUUUUGUGUCAUAUGAUGCAGCAACAGGAUGACGAAAUCAUCGCCGUUUGAUAUAUUUUGAAAAUUGCAUAUCUUGAACUUGAUUGCUGACAAGCAAAACAUUUUGAGACCGUUAACAAUGGACCAAUGAAACAAACACCGAAAGACUGUUUUUGGGGUAGAGUUUUCUUUUAAUUGAUAUGCUUUAGCAGCUGGGGCAGUAUGUCCCUCCUUUAGAGGGUCGUCUUACCUCUGUCUUCAGAGUACUCCUAUUAGAAUGACGCUUAUUCUGUCGGCUAACUGUCAGGAGUGGAAUCCAAAGAGGCCGCUUGUCGUAACUGCAUGUUUUCUGUUACUGCUGUGGCAAAAUGUGGGUUAGAAUCUGAAUGAAUUGUCCAAGAAGAGUGCCUUACUACCUUUGUAUAGCCUGAUGGUGGAGUUAAACCCUGUACUCACAUGUUUUAUUGUUCCUAGAAAUGCAGAGUAUUUAACAUUGCCUUAUACUACAGAGCUUCAAGUACUGUUUUACGUGUAAAUGAGAUUUCUUGUACUGUCUUUAAUGAGAAGAAGAGCAAUGACCUUAACACUCCUUUUUUGAGCCAAUAAAUGAAACCCAUCUGA